AUGGCUCUGUGGCUGGUCACUCAUUUCAACGUGCUGGCGGAUGUACUGCUGAGUUUGCUCGCACAGGUGGCGACAAUGGACAAAGGAGAAGACGCAGGUGCUGGGCGCGCAUCCUGGAUGGGGGAACUGAGGGUCCUUGGGUUCUAAAGGCACGGCAGCUUGCUCAAGAGCCACAAAGAUAAUAACGGAAAUGCUGUCUUUGGAUUAUAUGACUGCCAAACCAGACAGAAUGAGCAUCUGUAUACCUUUGAGAAGGACAUGCAAGCUGUCAGUUGCUCUGUCAACACCAAGAGAACAGAACUUGCUGCACGCUUCAUUCAGUACACGGAAGGAGUACGGCGUGAGCUUCAGCCUUCAGGAUCGAAGUGCCUGACUUUGCUGGUUGAAAUCCACCCUGUCAACAACGUGCAGGUUCUGAAAGGUACAGGUAACUGUGUUCAGGCGUGGGUUAUAUUCCUCUACACACAAGCUGAAAGUCAUCUUCUUCCACAGAACCACCUGCUACUGAUUUUAGAAGAGAAAUAUAUUGAGCAGUUUCAUAUCCAGAUCACCAGAGAAGAUGGAGACAGUGUACAAAUCAUCUUGGACGUGAUUAGAAAUUCUAGCCAUCUCCCAAGAGACAGAAUAGCUGAAGACAUUGUUUGGGCUCAGUGGGAUAUGUCAGAGCAGAGACUACAUUAUAUUGAACUAAAGACACCAAGGAGUAUCUUGAAAUGCAUCCAGUUUUGGGCAGAUGAAAGUUUUAACUUACUGUUUGAAAUGUCCUUGGACAUAUCAUUAAGUGGCUUGAGAUUUAAACUCAUCAAUUUUGGAUAUGAUUAUCAUCAAGACCAAGAGAAGCUAUACAAUCAGUCUUCUCUCUGCAUUUUUACCAACCACACAGGAAAGGUCCAUGAUUCACACUUCAAUGUUGCUUCAAAAAUGUUGGAUGCUUUCUUUAGAGAGGACACAGUUUGGAUAACCGGGGUCCAGAGCUAUGAGAGAUGCCUUUGGGGAAACAGCUGGGAGUUUCUUUCUCAGAAAGAAAUCACGUAUUCGGUCUUUUACCUCCAUAAAGGAUACAGAAAGACCUUCACUGAAGCUCCUGGAAGUGCUGACUCACAGGUCACAAAUGGCAUCACUUUUCUCAACCUUGGAAACAACAAAAUGGCUGCUGUGCUACCUUCAAGUCCUUUGCAGUCCCCGCCAGGGUCCCUGAUUCUGGACUGCUACUCUGGAAAGGUCUACAGAGCAACCCUUAACCAGUCAUACUUGAUGUGGUUCCUAUGGAACACCCAUCUAGACUGUGAGAUAAAGGCUGCACUGCACUGUGCACUGUCCUGUGGUCGAGACACAGGUUUCCGGGAAGAACAGAUUAUUCAGUGGAUUUCCGAGCGUGUCUCUGCAUGCCAUUCAUUUGACCUGAUUCAAGAAUUUCUAAUUGCUUCUUCCUAUGGGAGUGUGUAUGCAGAGCUGGAUGACGUGGACAUGCUCUUACCUUACUCCUCUGUGCUGACUUGGAACGCAGAAAUUCCCGGAAUCAAGCUUGUGACAGAGGAGCUCCCAUUGCUUCUUAUGAAGAUAAGUCCUGCUCUGUGA